AUGGAUUCUCAAAUGCACAGUCGCCAGGGGUGUUGUUCGCAGCCUGUUGUGAAACCUGUUGGCAAGAAGAUUCAAUCAAUCCAACAAAAGCGACUUGCACACUUCACGGAUACGAAACAGUACAAGGAACAAAGCAUAUUUCCAAAACUUGCUCAUGCAACAGUCUCUGGAGGUGACAAUGUUCGACUCUGGGUGUACUCUCCAACCGCACCGUCGCGCCCUACGUUCGUGGAGGUUAAAUCUCAGGUGUUCAAACCCACGGAAGUAGGCGUUUCUUUCGGACCCAGUUGGUCUACACAUUGGUUUCGGGUGGAAAUCGUUGUGCCACAAUGUAUGACGAACUAUUCUCAUCUCGAGUUGCAUUGGAACUCUAAUAGCGAGGCUAUGGUUUGGACGGAAGAUGGCGAACCUGUGCAAGGCUUGACAGGGGGCAGUGAACGUGGAGGUGAGAGACAGGAAUGGAUCUUCCCUCAACAGUGGAAGGAUGGGAAAAGACAUACCUUUUUCAUCGAAAUGGCAUGCAACACCAUGUUUGGAAAUGCUGAAAUGCACGACAUUAUACAGCCUCCUCCCACGGACAAGUACUUCAAACUUGAAAAGGCAGACAUUGUAGCCGUCAAUGUCGAUGCAAGGCAGCUAUUAUUUGACUUUUACGUCAUAAGGGAUGCGGCACUAUAUCUGCCUCAAGACUCGUGGCAAUCGCAUCGUGCUCAGCGGGCAUGCGACGAUAUCCUAGAUACUUUCUCUGCUGGCGACGGCAGCUCGGGUGCUAUUUCAAAGUGCAGAGAAAUUGCUCGAAGCUAUCUUGGUGACAGAAUUAACACAGAAGAGGUUUUUAAGACAGAUCAGACGGCAAUAGUCUCGGCUAUUGGCCACUGCCAUAUCGACACAUGUUGGCUUUGGCCUUGGGAUGAAACGAAGAGGAAAGUCGCUCGUUCGUGGAUUAGUCAAUGCAAUCUUAUGGACCUAUAUCCUGAGUACCGGUUCUGCUGCUCCCAAGCACAGCAGUACAAAUGGCUGGAGACUUUGUAUCCAACAAUCUACAAGCGGGUCAAGGAAAAGGUCGCCAAGGGAACCUUCCAGCCAAUUGGUGGAAGUUGGGUUGAGCAUGAUACAAACCUCCCUAGUGGUGAAUCUCUAGUCCGUCAAUUUCUAUACGGACAGCGAUACUUUCAAAGUCGAUUUGGUCGCAGGCAUACUACAUUCUGGCUACCUGACACUUUUGGUUAUUCGGGUCAGCUUCCCCAGAUUUGUCGCCUAGCGGGAAUGACGAGGUUCUUCACGCAGAAGCUUAGUUGGAACAACAUCAACAACUUUCCACAUACCACCUUCAACUGGGUGGCACUGGAUGGUCGGAGCAAAGUGCUUUGUCAUAUGACACCUGCAGAGAAAUACAAUGCGGAAGCGACGUUGCAAGACCUCGUACGCUGCGAAACGAGACACAAAUCAAUGGACCAGGAUAACACCUCGCUAUUAGUUUAUGGAAAGGGCGACGGAGGAGGCGGUCCAACAAUCGCGCACUUGGAAAGCUUGAGGCGAUGCCGUGGCAUGAGUGAUCAAGUAGGUCGCCUGCCUCGCGUUCAACAGGGUAACUCUGUGGACGACUUCUUCUCUCAGCUGGAGCAAACAGAAAAGGAUGCCAAUAAUCCUUUUGUUACUUGGUUCGGUGAACUGUACUUUGAAUAUCAUCGGGGCACUUAUACUACCCAGGCUAAGACCAAGUUGAACAACCGACGGGCUGAGAUCUUCCUACAUGAUCUGGAAUAUUUGGCCACGCUUGCCAGUAUACAAAAGGAUUCAACUUAUAGGUACCCAAAGAACGAGAUUGACGAGAUGUGGGAGAAGGUUCUGCUUUGUCAAUUCCAUGACUGCCUUCCAGGGAGCUCGAUUGAGAUGUGCUACGAUGAUACGGAUAAACUCUACGAUGAGGUAUUCUCCGUAGGAAAUACAGCACUUACGAAUGUUGCAACCGCGCUUCAGCUAAACUUGCAACCAACAGAUUCUGCCAACCUUGUGGGAGUAAACACGCUCGAUUGGGACAGGGUCGGUCUAAUGCCAUUGCCAGCAGCAGCUCGUUUCGAGGGUAACCAGAAGUUUGGUUUCUACCGAUGUGGACCCGGGAUAUCACCACUUCAGCCCCUGUCAGGCGUUUCCUUCGAGGCAGCGACCAUAUCUGAAACCAGCAAGGGUGUCUGGAUCUUGUCAAACAGCCAGUAUCGUGUCACGGUGACUCAGGGCACCAUCGUCUCGCUAUAUGACAUCCGCAGAGACCGUGAAAUAAUCCCUGAUGGUGCAAGAGCCAAUCAGCUCGUUGUGUUUGGUGAUAUGCCCCUUUAUCAUCAAGCCUGGGAUGUGGAGACAUAUCAUCUCUCUCAAGGUCGCGAACUGGAAGGAGGGGUUUCGUAUCUAGCUGAAAGUGGACCUCAGAGAGUUUCAGUGACAACAGUCACAAAGAUAUCUGGGAGCAGCUCCAUCAAGACUACUAUAUCCCUCAAUGCUGUUAUUGAUCCCCAAGAGGAAAGUCAUAUUGAAUGCUCUGCAGACGUCGACUGGCAUGAGAACAUGAAGUUCCUCAAGGUCCAGUUCCCGGUGGAUAUUUACAACACAAAGGCAUCAUAUGAGACUCAAUUCGGCAUUGUGGAACGGCCAACACAUUACAACACCUCCUGGGAUAUGGCCAAGUUCGAGGUGUGCUGUCACAAAUGGGCCGACUUAUCGGAAGCAGGAUACGGUGUGAGCAUUCUCAACGACUCCAAAUAUGGCUUCGCUACGAGUGGAAACAUGAUGCGAUUGAGCCUGCUCCGUUCACCAAAGGCCCCCGAUGCCAACGCUGAUAUGGGUCGUCAUCAUAUUAAAUGGGGCAUUUUCCCUCACGAAGGACCUGUUGGUUGGCAAACAGUGAAGAAGGGCUUUGAGUUCAACAUCCCGGUCCGUAUUGCCUCGCGCCCUAACGGGAUCUGCUCGCCGGAGUUGUCAGCGAGCCCCGUCAAAUUGAGAGACGGCCUAGGACUUGUGCUGGACACCAUCAAGAGAGCAGAAGAUGAUACAGAUGUGAGUUGUGGCAAUUUGCCUACAAGGGAGGGCAAAAGCAUCGUAUGCCGAGUAUAUGAUGCCAUUGGUGGGAAGAACAGGGCUCUCUUAGAGACCAGGCACGCCAAGAUUCAGAAGGCGUGGAAAUGCAAUAUCUUGGAAGACGACUUGGAGGAGCUGCCCAUUAAGAAUGGUGGCGUAGAGAUAGAGCUGCAAAGAUUCGAACUAGCUACCUAUAGACUACUUUUAGAUUAG